AUGUAGCGCCAUCAGCUGAUCGUAGUGUUACGUUGAUAGAGGCAGGAAUAUACUGCCGAGACCAUGCGUGUACGAUAUUACCUGUUCGUUGUGUAUGCAGCACUUCUGCGCAUGUCCAUAGCAUCAGAAAACUUAGGUAGAAGUAAACCUACCAAUCAAAGCAGUGUCUACGCUCACAACACUCUCUGGACGAGUGAUUUAGCUGUAGACGGAUGUAAACAGCAAAUCAUCUUGUCAGACUGUUGUAUUCACACAUCAUUAAAUGCAACUGAAGCUUGGUGGCAGGUUGAUCUGCAGGAAAAGGUUGUCGUAGAGAACGUCAUCAUCUAUAAUAGAGAUGAAGGAAGUUCCGAAAGACGUCUCGGAGGCUACCAGAUAUACCUGUCAAACACAAGAUACUGGAGACCAACAGGCCUUUGCUACGAAGACAAAACACUUACUGAAGAUGCUCUGUCAAGUAUACAGAGCAACACUUGUGACGGAACUGCACGAUAUCUUACUAUCUACUCAGACCGUCAGACGAAACGCCGACGUUGGUACUCGGAUAAAGCUAUCCUGGUGCUGUGUGAAGUAGAAGUCUAUGGUUGUCCUGUUGGAAGAUAUGGGAAGGGAACCUGUACAUUGACCUGUGAUGAUAAUUGUGUCCACAACAAAUGCCAUCCUUCCUCAGGAGCAUGCUUCCUUUGUGUUGAUGGUCACUACAAAAGUGGAGAGAGAUGUUUGGAAUGUCCAUCUAACUGUUAUGGAGGCGUUUGUGAUGGGGAAUCAGGCGCAUGCGCAGGUUGCAAAGACGGUUUCUAUGGCGGAACUUGUGACAAGACAUGCCCAUCAAAUUGUCAGGAUGGAAUCUGUAAUAUUCAAACCGGACAAUGUGCAGGUUGCAAAGACGGUUUCUAUGGCGGAACUUGUGAUAAGACAUGCCCAUCAAACUGUCAGGAUGGGGUCUGUAAUAUUCAAACCGGACAAUGUGCAGAUUGUGCUGUCGGAACAUACGGUUACAAUUGUGAUAAUAAUUGUCCGGAUGUGUGUAACGGGAUGCCUUGUAAACAAGCAAACGGAGCAUGCGCAGAUUGUCCAGUAGGAAGAUUUGGUGACCGCUGUGACCCUUGUCCUUCCAAUUGUCUCCUUGACGACUGUACGACUGAGGGAUACUGCGAAGGCUGUAAAACUGGCAAGUCUGGUGUCCAUUGUAACAAAACCUGUCCGACUAACUGCAAAGGCCAAAUUUGUGAACAAACAUCAGGAAUUUGUGCAGAGUGCGAACCUGGUACCUAUGGAUAUAGAUGCGAAAAAUCCUGUGCUGACAGUUGCCGAGGUAGACCUUGCUUUCAGACUGAUGGAACGUGUGAAGAAAUGUCGUCUACCGGAAGUACUAAUGAUUCCCCGACAGACGGAGUAGAUGUUCCUGUCCUUUCAGCGUUGUUGGGGAUAGUUUUUCUUCUGUUGGUAGCUGCUGUUGUCUAUAUCAUCCGAAUGAAACAAACAACUGACACAGCUCCCGCUACUGCCAAAAAAGAAGAUCACCAUUAUGCUGAGUUGAAUAUGACUGAAAUGGAACAACAUCACUUGUACAGCAUGUCAACACUUGAGGACUGAACUGUUACGAUCGCUGCCAUACUAUACUUUGAUUGAUGCAUCAUGCAUUUCGAUUCCUAUUUCAUUUGAUUACAUGAUACCUUUGCACAUUUAUUAAAAUAAAACUUUUUUUUUAUAACAUUUUUCAUUAUACGACGAAAGUAUAAAAAAAAGUAUUAAAUGACGAAGGUUCAAUUUGAUUAAAAGAUCUGUCAUGAGUUUCCCUGCGUAUGAUAUUUAUGAUAUGAGUUUGGAUUAUUUUAUUUGCCUUCUAAGCGAGCAAAACUGAAAACUACAUGUAGUAAACGAUUGUAUAUGAAAAGAAACAAAUGACAUAUUCUUUUUAUCAUAUGACGAACUUACCAUCGUUUUUUUUCCCAACUUGGUUUCUGUUUGUCGUCAUCGCAAGCUGAUCGUCAACAUGUUACUAAAUCACUCAAAACCGAAAGAAUGUCAAAUUAACCUGCAAAAGAAGAAAAAGCCAAAGAAACAGCCUGGAUUCAUGAAUGAAGUCAUCCGUAAUAUAUUCUAAACACAUGAAAUUAUUUACAUAUUUACAAAUUAUGUAUAACAAAUCCUUAAUUUACUAGAGCCUGGGAGACUGUCUGUUCGUGAUGUCGGGCGUGACGUCACUUGGUGCGAAACGGUGUCAUACACAACUAACGGACGGCGCAUUUUGACACCUACGGAAUUAUCCAUGUUUACAUAAUAAUUGAUGGGGAUAUUGAAUGUUCCAACCAGAAUGUUUUUUUUAAUCGAAUAUAAUGCUCAAACUAACUUGAAAGGCAAAGAAUGCUAAUGGUUUGUUGAAAGUGUUUUGGAUUGUGUUACACAUGUGCAAGUAUUUGUCGACGAUUAAGUAAGGUGAUUGUUCGUUGUCAUACUUGUAUUGUGUUAAAUUGUUUCUUGUACUGGCCGUCAUUUACAAGGCUGUAAUUGUUUAAGCUCCGAAAUUUAUAAUGACCGAUGAUUUGCAUCAGACAGUUUGGGAGAAUGUUUGAUUACUAAAAUAUAAUCUCUUGAAACAAGGCGUCAUUUUAACGCUUCGUAAGAAAAGAAAAAGGUCUUGCCCACGCGUAUGAAUACAAUUCACACGGAACUAGCCAAUCGACGUAACUGCAGGCUUCAUCACACGUGUUUCAUAAAGAAAGGGUAUAUACUGGCUUUAUUACAGUGUAUAUCAUGGUAGACGCUUGUUAACAUAUUUAAUGACAUGAUGAAUGUUCGUUUGUAUUUUAAUACACUCCUUGUACCGUUUUUUCUUGUGUUAUCCUAUUUCGUUUUUAACUUUUUAUUACAUUUAACUGACCAGUUUAUAAUGCUGCCUUCGUACGUACUAGCGUAAAAUAUUGUUACAUUAACCUAUUUUUAUAGGACUAUUUGCGUCUUGUUUUAAGUAAACUCCGCCAAAAAAGAAUGGGAGUUGUCCAAAUGUUUCAAUUUAUUGCAAAUGCAGUAAAUUUAUGCCAAUUUUUAUAAACAUUAAAUGAUUGAUGUAUAUUUAAAGUCAAUAUUAAAAUCCAUUUAAUAUGUACAAGUAUAUUAUUUAGUAUAGAUCUUACCAAGUUCGAAAAUUGAAAAAUUUGAAAAGCAGUUAAUUUUGGGACAAGGCAACAUAUUGACUUUGUUAGCAGGUUUUUCUUGAAAUGAUAUUUUUCAUUUAACAACACUACAUGAAACAUGAUUUCUCUCCAUCUAAAUAUUUUUUUAUAAAGUACAUAUAAUUCUUGUCUGUUAAACCAUUAUAACACAAGGAUUGUAUUGGUGAUUGGUCUAGUAUUGAAAUCACUACAUGUUUGUAUAAAAUAACAGUAUUUGUUAAACAAAGCACAGAUACUCUGUAAACCAUUGCCACCUAUGACGUGUAUCAAUGAUUCCUAAUAUGGUAUUGUUAUCAGAAUGGUAAAUUUGUGAAGACUAAGAAUGUCAUGCGCUGACAUCGGUCGCUAAACUGUCAUUAGACAGGAAUGCUGCAGGCGAGGAAAACGCAAAGAAAAUUGUAUAAACUUAGCUGUGUACAAUAAUAAUAUAUCUACACGAUAUAAUAUCAUCUUACAAAUUUCGGUUGUUUUAUAGGCAAUACGAUUUUUGAAUAUACUUACGAAACCGAACAUGUCAGUAGCAUGAAGUAAAUACAGGACUCGAUCUGUAAGAGCAUGCGUGUUGUAUUUAGUUUAUCAUACAUACUUAAAACUCACAUGUGUAUAACGUUAUUAAAUCAUUAACAUGUGUAUUUUUUAUAAUUAGCCAGACGUGCGAAUUCUUUUUAAAUGGACACACAUGCAUAUAUUUUAUUUAGGUCAUGCGUGCAUAUUUCUUAUUAAAUAAAUCACACAUGUAAAUUGUUUCUCUCCGAAUAUAUCAGCAGAAACAAUGUCAUUUUUUUCUUCAAAAAACAAUUUGCAUCCUGCAGUGAAAU